AGCAGCUUCACCACCCUCCCACAGCACGACACUGUACCUUUACUACAACACAAUGGGACUGUAAUGUCAGCGAGGGGCGAGACUAGAGCAUCUUGUGUGCAGCAUUGAAUGUGUGUAUGGAUUUAAUGAUGAUGAAAAAGAAGAAAUUCAAGUUCAAGGUGGAUUUUGAGCUGGACGAGCUCUCGUCGGUCCCCUUUGUCAACGGUGUCCUCUUUUGUAAAGUCAGGCUGCUGGACGGCGGGUUCUCGGAGGAGUCUUCUCGGGAGCCAGUGCAGGCCAACUGUGUUCGAUGGAGGAAACGGUUCUCUUUCCCCUGCAAGAUGAGUGCCAGUGCAGGAACAGGUGUACUGGACCCCUGUGUGUGUCGCGUGUCUGUCAGAAAGGAGCUGAAAGGUGGAAAGGCGUAUGCAAAGCUUGGUUUUGCAGAUCUGAAUUUAGCAGAGUUUGCUGGCUCAGGGAAUACAACCCGCAGAUGUCUGCUGGAAGGCUACGAUACCAAAAAUACUCGCCAGGAUAACUCCAUUCUCAAGGUUAUCAUCAGUAUGCAGCUCAUGUCAGGAGAUCCCUGUUUUAAAACUCCUCCCUCCACAGCCACAGUGAUCGGGAUCCAGGGUGAUGGAGAGAGCCUGCUGGAGGAGAGGAGAGGAGGGGACUCACAGAAAGGCUGUUCUGAGAGUCGAGAAGGGAAGUGUCCUGUCGUUUCUGAUGAUCUUGGGGGCUGCGGCCACUCCCGAACGUCCAGUUACGCCAGCCAACAGUCCAAGCUCUCAGGCUACAGCACAGGUCACUCCCGCUCCUCCAGCAUGUCAGAGUUCAGCCACCGGAGAAACCAUUCGGUGGGCAGCGCUUCGACGGGCAUUGGCAGCAUCCCAGAGCCCAGCGAGGACCGGGACAGAGAGUCCAGACCCUGCCCUGCUCUACGUGAACACCCAGUCCCCACCGCCACCACUAGCAACCCAGCGGGUACACCUGUACGCAGCGCCUCAUCCUGUGAACGACUCAACAGACACCCGGUGAAGCAGGACUCCAUGGAGUCUCAGUUAAAGAGAAUGGACGACACGCGGGUGGACGCUGACGAUGUUGUUGAAAAGAUUCUCCAGAGUCAAGACUUUACACCUAGCCUACUGGACUCCAGUACUGAAGAGGAGGGCUUGCGUCUGUUUGUCGGCCCUGGUGGAAGCACGGCCCUUGGAAGCCAUCACCUACCCACCAGGGUUGGUGCUGGAGCGUACGAGCAGGUGGUGAUAAAGCGUUAGACCUGUAGCCUCUCAGAGGUGGACUGACACUGCUUACAUCAAAAAUAACUGGAGGCAAGGCUGCGUCAAUUUUAAUCUGCAUUCCUACAGCACACGUUACCUGAUCAGCAAAGUGUCUGACCUGAUCACUCUGUGAAAGGUUAACAUUACAACAGUGCCCUCCUGUGUUCAUAUCUGCCACAUGACACUGUAGCUCCCUGGUAGGUUUUUAAGAGCGAGAGGUAAACUGUCGUUAUCUCAGUGUCAACAUGCAGAUAUGAAAUAAGAGAAAUGACACAUUGACCAGAUUAUUCAAAAUAAUAACAUUUACAUAAAUGAAACCGUCCACUCCAACCGUCAAUCUCUGGGUGUCGAUAAGCCUCAUCUUUUUGAGGUCACCUGUAUCACCAAAUCCAAUUUAAACUGAUAGGAAGAAGAAAAUUAUUAAUCUUUCUCUGUAACAGAGGACACCAGGACAGGCUCUUUGUGUGCAUCAUCAGAAUGAACUGAAAUCUACGCUGCGCUGCGAUGCGCUUUCAAUACAUUCCUUUAGUCUCUUAGUGUUUUUGUUAGACUUCCUUUUCAACUAGGAUGUUCUAUUUAAUAUUUGCCUAUAAGCUGCUAAAAAGCUGUAAGUGUUGGCACUCUGACAACCAUCGCUGUUUUGAAGUUGAGAAUAUUUUACUACAAAGACGAGGCAUCAGACUCAAGCUAUUUGACGAGUGAGCGCUGACUGUGUGAAUGUGUUUGCCAUGUGGCAAGACCACUUUUAUUAGGCGUAACUGUUAUCCUGUUAUGUUGGAUGAGUGAAAGGAUGUGAGAUGAUCUCUUGUAAGGAGUGCUAUAUUGGUAAGUUUGCAAAGACAAAAUGGGAGAACAUGACAAUUUGCUGACUUGGUUCUUGUUCUUAUUUGUUUGGCUUUCUGCCGAGGGUUGUCCUGCAGUACUAAUCUGCCCUACAAAGGCAAAACCCAGUAACAAGUUUUGUUCAAAAAUGAGUUUUUAAAUCUAACUCUUUUUUUUAAUGACAUGUGGGUAAUCCAAUUUCCUCAAUUCAGUGUCUUAGCAGAUCUCAGUAACUCCAUCUUUGCUUUUGACUCUAGUGACACUGAUGUGCUUUGGUGUGAUUAAACUAACUUCAAGUCACACAUUUAAAUCUAUUAAAUUGUAAAUUAUUUUACAAAUUUCACUAUAAAUGUCAUUAAUAGAUGUACAGACAUAUGUGCAUUCAAAUCCUAUAAUCUGCGGACUAUAAAUAAUCAAAAUUGAGUUUAUUUUUGUAAACAAACUAGUUGAAAGGAUAACAAAGCUGAGCAUACACAUUUUGUUGUUACAUUCUGUGCAAAUUCCCCGAAGGUUAUCCAAAUGCAAUGAUUGCAUAGUUUUCCUUUCUCAAGUUGCUGCUCUCUGCCUUUGUAGGGCAGCAAAUAGCGAACAUAAAAAGGGGCUUCUAUGAUGAAUAUUACUAUAGAAGGGGAUAUAUCUAAUGCCCAGUGUUUCAGCUAUGUAUCUAUUGUAUACUUACGCUUUGCAACGCACCUACAUCUUUGUGAGCCGACCUGUUGACCAGGAAGCUAACAUCAGUGAACAAAUGAAGGAUCCUGUGACGCACUAACUAAUUAAUGUGUAAGGAUUGUAUAGUGAAGGACUAGUGAAGUAACCCACUGCCAUGAAGAAAAAUCUCAACAGCACCUGUUUUUAAAAAUGCCCAGAGUAAUAGUUUUGUGUAUGUGUAUGUAUACCCUGACAUCUUAAUUGUUUCAGAUCAGAGUUAAAACCAGUCUAACUAACCAACACAAUCAACACAUGAAUGAUCAGUGAACCUAAUAACAUAAAUCUGCUGAGAGUUUUGAAAUCCUGAUAGUGUCACGCACGCUCGCUAUUUGCAUUUCUAGCCUAAAAGGAGAUUAAGUGCACAACUUAUUUAGUUUAUAAGUAAAUUAGCCAAAGUACACAACACACUGUUAUUACCUGGGACUCUGCAAGGCCUAUGCAUAAUGAGAAUAUUAGACGCAUUAUAACUAGUGAAAACAGACUGCACAGUAUCUGUAAUCUUCUGUCUCCUGUCAUAAGCCAUAGCAGAGGUAGCAUACCUCCUCUUCUACAUAAACUCUAUACGUAUUAUAUCAAUAUCUGCACAAGUGUCAUCAGUGUAUGGUGUUUUAACUAUACGUCAGUGUUCUGUUUUUAUGUUCCUGUGUUCUGCAUGAUCAAAACGUCCUUUUGUUAGCUCGCAGAACUUAACACAUCUUCAUGUUUUUCCUCAUUUUGAUAUUGUGCCAUCUCUUAUCUGAAUAUUUCCACAUUGAAGGAACAAUUUCGCUAAUUAGCAUGUAGGGAAUCAUUGUUCUCAUUUCUUCCUGUUAAAAGCAGAUAUCUGCACAGUGUAUGAUGUAACUGUAGAUCUGUGUUCUCAUUUUGUGUUUUUACUUUCGGCAUGGUUUAAAUGUUGUAUGUUAAGAAAAUCAUAUCUGUAAAGAAAUCAUCGUCUUUGUUUUUGAAUCUUUCAUUGCUGAUAUUGUGCCAUAUUUUGCUAAAUGUUUUAUUGUUAAGAAACAAAGUGUUCUCACUACAUAGUUAUGACAGUGUUAAGUGUAUGAUUUAUGGCUACCAAAUAUCAACUAUUGGAUAUUUUUUCUGUUUUUUUUUUUGUUUGUUUUUUUUCCCUUUUUUGAUAAAAAAAAAAAAAAUCUUUUGUUUUACCUGUGUGACACAGGUAUGAUUAUCUUGGUACCUAACAUGUUGUUACAAACAUGGUUUCUUCUUCUCUUCUGUGAAGCUGUUGUCUAUAUAAAACUGUAAAAUAUAUUCUCCUGUAAAGUGACGUUCUGCGCUGUUCUGACACUGUCCAGUGUUUCCUGUUACAGACCAACAUUUGCUUCCUUAACAAGUGUACUGGAUGCUUCAAAUGUGUACCUUGCACUGUUGAAUAAAAGUUAAAAGUCUUCA